AUGAGUUUUCAUGGUAUAAAAGAUAUAAUAUUGAUAUAAGAAGGAAAAUGUAUAAAAUAUUGCUUAUACUUGGUGUGGGCAGCCUCCAGCAGAUAGAAAUAUAAUGAAACAGAAAAGAGACAGAGCAUAAUUUCACGAAAACACCCAAACCAAUCAGACUAUUGCCAAGGUGGCUUUCUACAAACUGAAAGUAAGACCCUAUUGCUGAAGAGAACAUGUGCACAACUCAUUGAACAUGGAGAAGCUGAGCUGCUGCCCCAAGACUUCAUCCCUACUGAUUAAUGUUCACACUAGAAGGUUCCCUGCUUUCUACCACAGGACAAAGGAUCACCACAGCAUAGAGCACAAGUAGAAUUACCACAGAGCACAGAAUUGAUUAUCACCCACUGGCCUGCAGACAAGAGUCAUGAGUCACCCUCUUGGAACUGAAUGUGCCUCAGAACCCAGGAAAGCCUCAAAGAAAACCCAGUCUCAGCUCCGUUUCAGUAAUGGAGCAAGAGAUCAACUGCUGGAGUUUAGCUUUCAACGUGCUUCCCAGAAGCAUCUCAAGACCAGCAGGCAUGGCUACUGCAAAAAUGUUUUAUCACCUCCAGAGAGGCUCAUCUCUGGGAUCCUGGGCAUCAUCUGGUUUGCCUUAUUGAUUGCUUUGGUGAUCUCAACCAGAAUUGUUUCUCCAUAUACUGAACAGAAGAAGCAGAUGCCCCCCUUCCAGGUUAGAAACCAGAAAGAUAUAAACCACAACCUCUCUUCAGCACAACCUUGUGCUCAUUGUCCUAAGGAGUGGAUAUCAUAUUCUCAUAAUUGCUAUUACAUCAGUGUGGAGAAAAAAUCUUGGAGUGACGGUUUGGUGUCCUGUGUUUCCAAAAACUGCAGUCUGCUUUAUAUAGAUAGUGAAGAGGAGAUGGACUUCCUGGAAUCCCUUUCACUGGUCUCAUGGGCUAGAGUCUGUCAGAAAAGCAGAGGUCAGCCCUGGGUUCAGAUAAAAGACUCAACUUUCAAUUCACAGAUAUCAGAGACUUCCCAUGAUGAACAUGACUGUAUCAUCUGUAUCAUGCUGCUGUCAGGUUCUGGUCUCAUAGCAGAUAACUGUACAGCUUUACACACUUAUAUUUGCAAGUGUAAGCUCACCAACUGAAGCACCUGCAUAUGAAAUCUACCAGUUUAACAGGGUCACUGGUGACAGUUUUACCCAACGGCCUGCAUAGUGCCUUCCAGAACUACAUACUACCCAGAAAAAAAUGAAACCUCUAGGAAAUCCAGCUUGAUUUCCAUGUGCCCUGCCACUAGAGCAUCGGGAGGGGAGGACUUCGGAAAUAUGAAGUUAUCAUCAAGUUCGUAUGUAGCCAAUAUCCAUUGCAAUAAUCUCUAUAAUGUGUGAGUCUUCAGGAACCUCCUUAGACAAUAAUGUGAAGCAAAGUAAUUCUACUUCACUGGAAUUACUGAGCUCCCCUGUGUACUAUCUCUUCUGUGUUUAAAUAUAUUAACUGCUAGUUUUAUUUUCAUAGACACAAGCUGUAGGAGUUUUUUCAACCAUCUUGCUAAGCAUCAUCCAAAUAUUACCCAACCAUAAAACUUCAAAGAAUUUCUACUGCUUGGGCCCUGUAUCCUGUGCAGAAUGAUAUUUUGUCUUUUACCCUCUGUGUAUAUGGACAAUUUCAUUGAAAUAUUUCUCUAAAUCUUUAAAAUAUUUAAAAUCUCCAAGGCACUACCAAAUUGGCUUGGAAUUCAGGAUGGAAGGACAUACAAAGACAAAACAAAACUUUAUAAAAUUACAACACAACAUGAAAAUACCCUAAACUUAUAGCAAUUUUACAUCCAAAGAGUAAUGCUAAGUAUAGCCACAUCGAUGGAGAUGUCAUGCUGUUUAGUUUUCUGUAAUUCACAUUCAUUCUCCUUGAGUCAUCUAGCUUCAUUUUUCACCCUCAGGAGAAAUUUACCAAAAGUUCUGUGAUUGCACUUCUUGAUAUCUGCACCCCCAACCUAUUUUCUUGCUUGGGAAAAAGGAACACAGUAUCUGGAGUUGGGGAAACAACCAGCUUUCUAUCUGUAUUAUUCUAUCAACAUAUCUAUAUACUGCUGCCUGUUGCCUGUAAAGCUCACUGAGGCACAUCAGAAUCCAAGGCAUUUCUGGACCCAGCCUCCAUGCUAAAACAGUGAUCUGAACCUCAGUAGAAAACCAAUAAUUUCACAACUGUACCCUGGGACCUCUAGUUACCCUGCAUGAUCCUCAUCUGUAGGCAACUUUGGCCAUCCCAUUAUAGAAAUGGCUAAGAAUGUUUCACAGGAAAAUCUUCUUUCAGAGCAAUAGUUGCAGUGAGAACCAUAGUCACUCAAUAUGUCCACUAAGGAACAGUUGUUUAUUCUUUGAAUCCCAUCAGGUCCAUAAGCAUAACAUUUGACAUUCUGUCAAGAUUAUCCUUAGAAACUCAAGCUCAACCAAAACCUUGUUGAAUCAGUUUUUACAUGAUCUGAAAAUAACCUCUCUCCUCAUACUCAUUAUGUCACCCCAUCUUCACAUCAAAUUUCCCUGAUGAAUCAGAGGGUGUCUCCUGCAUGUCUUUGUAAUAACCACUAUAGCUAGGAAUCAUGUUCCAUUCAACAAAGGCAAGUAUGAUCCCUUUGGAAUUGUCUUCACAAACAUACCACUACCAGAGCAUUCAAACUCACCUGUGCUUUAUUACCCAUAAAAAGGACAUUCGCCCACACAUUUGGGUUCAGUUGGGUCUCUGUUUGGGUAUCAAUGUGUUGAAUUACUUUUCCUCAGGAAACACACAGAAAUUCCUAUUCGUUCCAGAAUACAUAUUAAGAGACAAAGAAGUAUCUCAAAGGGGACAGAUGACUAUGUUGGAUCCCCUGGAGCUAGACUUACAGGCUAUUUUUAGCUGCCUAACAUGUGUGCUGCAAACUGAACCCAGGUCCUUUGCAAGAGCAAUGAAAUAUACUUAAACACGGAGCUAUCUUCAGCCUCAGAUGUUUUCAUGAAUAAUCAACGUUGUUAUGUCUGUUUUAUACUUGUGUGCUCUCUGCCAGUGUAUUUACAAUACUAUGACAGUUGAUUUAAUUGUACUCUAUAUGUCUUCCCUUUCUAUCAUAACUGUAAUGCUUAGAAAAGUAGUUUAAUUGAAAAAAAACAAUAUAUUAACUAAUGAAGAGAUAAGAAUUAAAAAGAUAAAAAAGAUUUUCCUAAGUCAAGACUCUUGUUGUUGGGAAAAAUAGUGAUUAGGGGACUGUAGUUUAUUUAAAACAGGGAAAAGAUCACUGACAAAAUAAUGUAAUGCUUUUAUGGUUAUAUUUCAAAUAUGUCUUGUAAUGUCUUUUUUUAAUUUUCAUAUCCAAAUAGGAUCAAUGUACUCAAAAUUUUGACACCCAAAUAGGAACUAUGUAUUCAAAGUAAAUUUUGUAAAAUAUAUAAAUUAUUUCUAAACCUAAUUGUUAAGUUGUAUAAUAAAAAUCACCAGCUUGUA